CUCCCGGCGCGGCCCCUCACGGGAUUUCCCCCGGCCGGCCUGUCCCUCCCGACCUCAGAAGGAGCAGCAGGGGCGGGCACUCUUGCUUCUAGGCUGUGCUUGCGGUCGGUAGCGAGGCAGGGGGCAUUAAUCCAGGGGAAGGCCGGGAAGGGCUUUCCAGGCGGGCGCCUCAGGCUUUGUCAGGCCGGCGGGGCAGCUCCAGCAGGCCCGUCUGGGCCUGGAUCUGGCUCUCUCGUGCAAGAGUAUGCCUGGAAGUUUGAUAUCUUAAAAAACCUUAAUACAAAAGGUUGGUUGUAACCCCAGUUCUUCGUGCCUGGCGAAAUAUCCAGCAUGAAAGCUCUGCAAGCGAGCUGCAGUCUGGAGGAGGGGAGCCCAUCCAGCUUGGAGGAAGUCAGGGAGGAAUAUGUCAGGAGGCAAUUCGGCAGUCCCAGCACUACAUCAGCCUCAGAAGAUAUGAGUGAAAGUGACUCUGCCAUCUGGUAUUUGCUUCAAGAAUGUGAAAAACAAACACUGGAAGAAUAUGGGAAGCCAGAACUGACCCAGUUUUCAGACACUGGAUCCCCAGAUCUAGUGGAAUUUGAACGAUACCUGUAUUUUUAUAAGCACACAGUGGACCUGCUGAUAGAGCAUGGAGUUGUUUGCACUGGAGAGGUGCCUCUUCCUGAGGUCUCCACAGCUAUUUCCCAUCUCUGGCAAGAGCUUUCUGAAGAGAGCAGGGACAGCAUCUUGCAGUACUGUAGCCAGAGAGAUUUCCUCAUGGAUCCCAAGGCUGCUUGCCCAGAGCCUGCUUGCACUGAAGGUAGUGUGAGGGACAGCGGAGGUAACAGUGAGGAAGCCAGUGGUUCCUCAGUCUCCACACCAGAGGAAGUGAUGUUUGAAGAUGCAUUUGACGUUGCUGCUGGUUUCCUUGACAGAAGCAAGGCUCAGGGAAUGUCCAGCCAGAGUUCAGCAUUUGCAAGCUGCACUUCUGAAAAUCCAGAGGAUCACCAGAGACUCUAUCUGCAGGUCACUGACUUCCUAAAACACCUCUUCUUCACUAAUGCACAGUUUUCCCAGGAAGAAGAUCUUCCCUAUGAUCAUGAGACAGUGAUGCUACGGUGCACUGAGACCUUCGAUGAUGAAGAUUUCUAAACAGUAUCUCCACUAAUGUUUUGCCAAGCACUGCCAGGUACACCAGGCAUGUGAGGAGGCUUCACCUCUUUCAGUGAGCUGCCUCUCUAAGCAGUGUGGAGACACUGUGUUGAAGUGGUUUGUUACCAUUGAUUUCUCCUUCCCUCUUUAGUACUUCUUGAUAUAUCAGUUGAGUAAUUUAUACUUUUUAAAGUUUUUAAAGGUCUUAGCUAUUUAUUAAUAAAUGUUUUUACCCAUUGCUAUUUAAUGUUUAGCCUUGCUUCACAAAGAAACUGAGGCAUGUACAGUUAAGUGACCUUGCCUAGCAUAAGGUGUGGGAAGAGCAGCAGGGAGGCCAGAUCAGUGGCAGUCUGCACACUCCCACAGGAUGCAGUCUCAAACUGCAACCUGCAAAAGCCUCCUCCUGACAGUGAUUACUUUUCUAGUGCAAUUUUUCAUCUUGGGCUGACAAGGAAAGAGGGAUUUCCUCACAGAGAGUGGGAUGAGGCUCUUCUAUCUCCUUUUGAGGACAGCAGCAGUGAGCACCCACUCCCCAGUCACCCAGAAAAGUGCAGGCACAGUAGUACACUUUGGAUUAUUUACCUUUGUGAAGUGUGUAAAGCCAAAUGAUCUGGCCCUCUGCUCUUCUUCCACAUCUAAUUCUUGGAUUAGCAGUGCUGCUCAGAUAGUGUCUUGGAAUUAAAAAUGCUGUGAAAUUGAAUAAAGUCCUUCACAUCUCUGAGUUAUCAUU